AUGGCACCACUUACGGGCGCCGAAAAGAUGGAUGAGCUGCCGCCCUACAGCCCGCCAGCGGCGACAGCGGCUGAAAGUCGCCGUGUCCUCUCUUCGUCAGUGCGGCGGCGGCAUCAUCCGGCUCUCCCACUUUUACCCCGCAGGUCGCGAACAUUGCGCGUUCUUGGUUUAGCAUGCCUCGCGUUCAUCGUCUACGCGCAAUGGAGACAGAUUUACCCCGUGGGCGGCGUCUCCGGGCCGGAAUUUACGAUUCAUGGGCUCUCAACUCGCCAGCUGCGAGAGGAUCUGUCGACUUGCGGAAAACUGCACAGUCGACCGAUUGACCCGCCUGGUUACGGGAGGACACGGAACGCCCGCUACGUGGACGGCAAGAAACCCACAGUCAUCAGGAACACAACAAUCUGGGUCGGGGAGCCGGUUGAAGGGUCUGCCGACUAUUCAUGGAUUUCUGCCGACGUGUUUAUUGAGCACGGCCUUAUCAAACAGGUCGCUGAGGGCAUAGCGAUAGCCUCCCUGCCCGGAGAUGUUCUCGUCUACGAUGCGGGUGGGCGGCCGCUCACCAGCGGCAUCAUCGACAUGCACAGCCAUGCUGCAGUGCACUCACUGCCAACACUACACGGCAAUGAGGAUGUCAGCGAGCUGUCGAAAGAUAUCACUCCCUAUGUCCGAUCCAUUGACGGCAUUCAGCCGACGGAUCAUCAACUCCAGGUCAUCAAGUCUGGCGGCGUUACCACGUCGUUGAUUCUUCCUGGAUCAAGUAACAAUAUUGGCGGCGAAGCCUUUGUGAUCAAGCACGCCGUCGGAGCUGCUGACGGACGCAAUGAAACAAGCGUAAUUGAUAUGCUAGCUGAUCCGGAUCAUACCUGGCGGCAUAUGAAGAUGGCAUGUGGUGAGAAUUCGAAGCAGGUCCACGGGAAGGCGGGUGAACGUGGCCCGUACAGCCGCCUCGGUGAAAGCUGGGAAUUCCGUCAGGCUUUCGAGCAUGCUGCCAAGUUGAUCCGCAAGCAAGAUGACUGGUGCCACGCCGCUGCUCAAGGUCUUGAUAAUGUCCAGACUUAUCUCAGCCACGAUCUAGAAUGGGAGGCACUGAUUGCUGUGCUCAGGGGCCAAGUCCAUGUUCAUGCUCAUUGCUACACCAUUAAUGAUCUCGAAGCUUUCGUGGAUCACACGAAUGAGUUCAAGUUUCCCAUCCGCGCAUUUCAUCAUGCCCACCAGACGUAUCUCGUGCCCGAGGUAAGUAUUCGCAAAGCCCUUGAUGGUAUCUCCCAUUGCUGCGUCUUUUACUCACUCGUCAUUCCCAAGAUUCUCAAACGGGCAUGGGGAAAUAAUCCACCAGCAUCCGCCCUCUUCGCUGACAACAUGUGGUACAAAGCCGAAGCUGCUAUGGGCUCAGAAUACGCGGGAAAACAUCUCUAUGAUGCUGGACUGACGCCCAUCUACGUGAGCGAUAAUCCGGUGCUCAAUGCACAGCACGUCGUGUUUGAAGCUGCGAAAGCGUACAAGUAUGGUCUGCCUUACCACGCUGCACUGGCAUCCGUCACCACUGCCCCAGCUGAGAGGCUGGGAAUGGAGCAUCGCCUCGGUAAAGUCAAGCCUGGCUUCGAUGCCGAUAUCGUCGUCUGGGAUAGUGACCCAUUGAGCGUUGGGGCUACGCCAGUCCAGGUCUGGAUUGACGGUACUGCUCAGUAUGACGAACCAAUUAGACUUAACAAGACCUAUGAGGGUACCAUAGUCCCCGAUGAGAAUCUCAGCGAGGUUGUCGUAAAGCCUCAGAUCAUGCAGGGCGACGUUGUCUUGACAGGAAUUUCAAAAGUACUACACUCCGUAACAGUGAGUGGCUUAGCAGCCGAUGGGAAAACCUACAACGUAGCCGUCUCUAACGGCAAGAUUACUUGUAUUGGAGGCUGCGAAGCCGAGCUCAAAGUUGCGUCUAGCCAUGAAGGUACUCUAAUUCACCUAAAGAGCGGCCAUCUUACUCCGUCCUUCAUCGCCUUUGGCUCAACGAUCGGUCUGAACGCCAUAGACUCGGAGCGAAAUACCGACAACGGUGCAGACGGGGGAAAGUUCAGUCGCGGUGUUGACGGGCUCGCCCUCGAUACGGAUAAACUGCAAGUUGCCCACCGCUAUGGUGUCACCCGAGCCAUCUCGGCCCCCAAAUUCACGGCUCUCGGCACGCAUCACGGCACAAGCACUGGGUUUCUCACCGGGGCUGGGACUACUCUCGACCGUGGUGCCGUGUUUGCUCGCGACGCUGCUGUGCACUAUACUCUCGAUCUUUCCGCGAAAAGCGGGGUUAAUGGAAUUUCAUCCAUCUCAGGAGGUGUUGGCGAGCUGCGACGGAAGCUUCUCACGGCAGUCUCAUCGCUCGCUGCGAAUGACACUAUCCUUGUGGAAGACCGAUACACGGAGGUCGCGUUUCUCCGAGAAGUUGUCGAAGGGCAGAUGGCACUCGUCGUUACUGUGCAUAGCGCAGACACCAUCGCUGCCUUGUUAGACGUCAAAAGCAGUGUUGAGGAGGUUCUUUCAGAGCUCGUAGACAGCCCGAACACGCUUCGUUUCGUCGUAUACGGUGGCGCCGAAGCUCACCUGGUUGCCGACGCCUUAUCUGCAGCCAAAGUGGGAGUUGUUUUGGCACCAAUGCAGUCUUUUGCGGUUUCUUGGGAUCAGCGACGAGCGCUUACGGGCGCGCCUUUGACAAACGGCACAAGUGUAGAUGUCUUGGUUCAGGCUGGAGUUGAUGUGGCUAUUGGCUUGGAGGAGGACUGGAUCGUGCGAGACCUUGGCUUGCUCGCGGGCGCGGCGUUCAAAAAUGGCGAAGGGCGGCUGAGUGAGAAAAGUGCAUUGGACUUGGUCGGAAGGAAUGUGUACAGGAUCCUCGGUCUGGAGGAUGAACUUGAGGAUGAGCACUUUGUGAUACACGAAGGGAGUCCGCUUGAGAUUGAAUCUAGGGUGCGGGCUGUUGGUGACAGAGGACCGGGCCUAUUAGUUUUCAUCUAG